GAAGGGGACAGGCGCCUCCCUCCAGGCUUCGAGACGUGACCCAGGGAAUGCCAUGAGUCAGCAGCAUCCCGGCCCUCCGCCCACACCGGCACCACCGGCCGAUUACCGCCCCCUCCCCCGCAAAGGGGAAGGGGGCGGGUAUCCAGCUGGUGCUGAUUUGCAUCGCCCACAGCCCCUUGGACCUGCAGGCGUCCAAGGCAGGGAGUAUUGCUGGCCGGCCGGCUCGCCCCUAUCACAAGAGUGACAGCAUUUCAGCUCCGUGUUUUGUCUCCAGCACUUAGGAUGUGAUCCACCACCUCUGACCCUAACUGGACUCUCCCCCAGAAUCCCCGCAGCGCGUUAUGGACACUAGAUCUUGGCAGAGGGUACCUUCUAUUGUGUAUAUGACUCUUCAUCCCAUAUAAGAUCCCUCAGAGCGUCAGAUACAGAGAACGGACCGUCCCUGGGAAAGAAAAGAAGAUUCAGGUACCAGCGUCUGGGCAGUGCUUGAGCUGCAGGAACUGGGCCCAGCCCUCAACAGAACUCUGACCUGACCUCCCCAGUGGACUUCUCUGUAUUAGCUCCUUCUGCUGCAGCAGCAAAUACUUUCAACUGCAACUCCCUGCAAGGUGGGGCACCCAUCUCGGGGCAGGCUUUGUGCACCCCACUGACUACUCCCCAGGGCUACCACUGCCUGUGGCUGCAGGAUGAAAGGGGAGACCCCCGUGAACAGCACUAUGAGUAUUGGGCAAGCCCGCAAGAUGGUGGAACAGCUUAAGAUUGAAGCCAGCUUGUGCCGGAUAAAGGUGUCCAAGGCAGCAGCCGACUUGAUGACUUACUGUGAUGCCCACGCCUGUGAGGAUCCCCUCAUCACCCCGGUGCCCACUUCGGAGAACCCCUUCCGGGAGAAGAAGUUCUUCUGUGCCCUCCUCUGAGUUGCCCUGUCCCUCCAAACAAGCUCCUCACCUGUCCCUCUCCUGGGCCCUCCCUUAGGUUAGUAACUGUCUUGAGUCCCUGAGGGUCCCUGCAUCCCACCCCUAGCCCUGUCCGACCGUGUGAGGUUGUCCGAAGCACAAGGCUCUCCAUCACCGAUCUGUCGACCCCGUUUCCUCGCCCACUGCAGCCGACCCCGAGAAUCCCCUGACCCAGGGACCCCUUAGUUCUAUCCCCAGAAGGGCCGCCAGACUCUGCCAGCGUCCUGCAGGCUUCUCUGUGACAGACAAUGGAGACAGACAAUGGAGAGAGGCACGGGCCGGGUGCUGGCUCCCAGUCUCACCUGGAGCUAGGAGAAGGGUAAAGCCAUUUGAAGAAUAAAGGUAUCCAGAGUCUCAGAA